UAGCUACUUUGACAUCGUUGCCGCCAUGUCAUUCACUAAAUUGAGUGAGAUCGAGUUGCCAGCGGCGUUUGAUGCUCAUGUGCAUCUACGAGAUGGUGAGAUGUCACAGCUCGUUACGCCAACGAUUCGCGAUGGUGGUGUGAAUCAGGUGUAUGUCAUGCCGAACUUGGUCCCGCCCGUUACGACUGUUCAGCAAUGCCUCGAGUAUCGCGAUCGACUUCGCGCGAUUGAACCUAAUGUGGACUAUCUCAUGUCUCUCUAUCUCCAUGAAUCUAUUACCCCGGAGGUGAUCCGCGAGGCGAAGAAGGCUGGCAUCAUGGGCGUAAAGUCUUACCCAGCGGGUGUCACAACGAAUUCUUCCUCCGGAGUCAUCGACUACGAGACCUUCUACCCCGUCUUCGAGGAAAUGGAGAAGCAGAACAUGGUCCUCAACCUGCACGGCGAGGUACCUUCCACACCCACCAAAGCCCACACAUCAGCCACAAAGGACAAGAACGCCAUCACCAUCCUCAACGCGGAGCCAGCUUUCCUGCCCACUUUCAAAGCCCUCCACCAGCGCUUCCCCAAGCUACGCAUCAUCCUCGAGCACUGCAGUACAGCUGCCGCGCUCACAGCAGUCAGUGCCUGCGGCCCCACAGUCGCCGGCACAAUCACCGCGCACCACCUCUCGCUCAUCAUCGACGACUGGGCGGGCGACCCAUUCUGCUUCUGCAAACCCGUUGCCAAAACGCCAGAGGAUCGCGAUGCCCUUCUCAAAGCAGUCGUGGGCAGCAACGGCCGCUUCUUCCUCGGAACCGACUCCGCGCCUCAUGACCGUGUGAAGAAGAGGGGCGAGGAUAAGGUCGCUGCGGGGGUGUUCACGCAGCCUUAUGCUGUGGGGUAUGUGCUCGAUGCGCUGGAGGUGGGUGUCGAGAGGGGUGUGGUCAAGGAGGAGGAUGUUACUAAAGAGGUGCUGGAGGGGUUCUUCAGCGCUUGGGGAAGGAACUUCUACGGCGUGGAAGAUAAGAAGAGCGAGAAGAUUCUGCUGAGGAGGAACCAAGGGAAGAUUAUUGAUGUGCUGCAGAAGGAUGGCGUGAGCGUGCAGGUUGUGCCGUUUAGGAAGGGAGAGGUUACUUGGGGCGUAGAGUGGAAGUGAGCAGCAUGAAGGCUUCCUGGUUUGUCGGGAGUAUCUGUCUAGCAAUUUUUUCUCUCUCUAGCAAUACCUUUUCAACUUGUUCUUGGGAAAACAUUCGAUUGUUUCUGACAACUGUCUCUGGUUAAGAUGUAGAUCUGGGACUACACCUAUGACUUGGAUCAUCGGAUGACGCGUCUGGUAACUAUUAGGAGAUUAAUCCUUAGACUCACCAAACGCAGGGCAUCUGCUCUUGAGCUUUGAUUCGAU